AGUUAGUAGAAAGAUGGCGGCCUUCCUUUAGGUAAUUGAAAUUUUGUGAAAAGGUUACUCUUGCCUGCUGACAGAAUGGUCCGAAUGAAAGUGAUAAAAUGUCCAUCGGACAAAUUGUCUUUAACAAAUUGUCUUGUGGUGAACGAGAAUGACUUCAGUCGCGACAGAGUCAAGUAAGUGUCGAGUUUGUGAUUCUUGUGACGUGUAGUUUCUUCAUGCGUGCCUGUAUGAUUUCUUUUGCCGAUGUCAGCUAAUAUUUGUUUUCAAAAGGGAAAGAUUUCGUAAAGAUGGGGAAUGCUCUGAUUUCUAUAUAGUUUAAAGACAAUAACAUUUGAAAUUACUAAUGCUGGCUAAGAUUAAAUCUUCCUUAAAAUUUUUUCUUCAAAACGAAAGUCGAAAGUGCGAGUAGAAACUAAGCGCGGAAAUGUUAUGUCCGCGAGAUAGUACUAGUGUUAGCUUGGGAUGUUCUGUAGUGAUUAAAUCGAUAUAUUUUUACAUUACGGUAGCCUUUUCCAGGAGGAUCGAGUUUACAAAAUUAAUCUAUUUAAGAAACAUGUCACAAUGUCUCAAGCUUGGGUCAAAGAAAAAAAAUCUAAGUCUUCCCGGAGGAAUGAAGUUAGAGACCUUCUGAUGAGGAUAGUAGACAAAGUCAAUUUGAUGGUUGUAGAAAGUAAAAACUUCUCAAUUAUUCUUCACUACUCUAUAUUGAAAUGACUGAUGUUGUCUAAAGUCACUUUCUACAUGUAUCAGAUCAACUAUUUCAAUGUAUUGAAUUGACUUUGUUGUUGUUGUAUUAAAUUGACUUAAAUAUGUUUUGAAUUGACUUGUAUAGAAACAACUUUGAAUCAAAACAACCAUAGAUCCCUCCCUGAUAUCACAAUUGAAUGCUCGAUGGACUGAUACUGAAAACUCUUUGGUGUGCUGUGGGAAAGAUCUCCACAUAACCCUACUGUAUUCUAAAAUAAAACCUCAGUCCUAAAGAUAAAGUGCUGUAUUCAACAUUGAUUUCCUCUGUCAAAUAACUGUAAGCACAAUUUGAUGUAUAGGGCUAUAUGGAAAUCUUGGUGAGUUGUGCGUUAUCACUGUACUCCAAAAUCAGUUUAUAUAUAACUUCCCUCUAGGAUUUACAUGUAAUCCAGUCAUUUCAAUUUAUUUUUAUUGUUUGAAAUGGAUCUUUUUUUUCUUUUUUGUCAGACAUGUUGAGGUUCGACCAAUGCUCCACAAGGCUACAUCUUUACCAUAGAAGUAUCACAGGAUGUUCCACAAGGUUCUGUAGGAUUCAGUCUUGUCCAGGUAAAUUAAUAAUAUAAUAAUAAUAAUAAUAAUAAUAAUAAUAUACAGUAUUUAUAGAGAGCUAAUUCCCAAUGGUCCAAAAGCGCUUUACAUAAUAAAAAUAACAAAAUCCUAAACCUACAAAACUACAUUGUCAUUCUAUAAAAAUUCUCAAUGGUCCGAAAGCGCUUUACAUAAUAAAAAUAAGAACAAAAUCCUAAACCUACAACACUACAAAACUACAUUGUCAUCCUAUAAAAACAUCAUUCUAUACAACAUCAUAACCAAUUUUAAAAAGCCACAUCUUGAGCUUAGAUUUAAAAGAAGAAAGGGAAUUACAAGAUCUAAGUUCGAAUGGAAGUGCAUUCCAAACAGAAGGUGUGGCAAUAGUCAAAGACCGGUCACCAUAAGUUUUAAGAUUAAAUUUAGAUGUAGAAAGUAAAAAUUGAUUGGAGGAUCUAAGAAGUCUACCAGGUGUAUAAGGCUUGAUGAGAUCAGCGAUAUAGCUAGGUGCAGCACCACGAAGCGCCUUAAAUGUAAUUACUGCAAUUACUGCAAAUUACCUCACGAACAUCUCUCAAGAUGUACAUUCAAACUCACCUUGCUGUUUGCUAUAUGUGUUCUUAGGAUCUUAUCCCUGAGAAUCAUCUGUAAAUGAAACAUUAUCAUCUUGUCAGUAUUCCUCUUACUUCUCAUUACCUUUCUAAGGGAAAAUUCUCUGUGUUUGCUCCGAGAAAUUCCCCUUUGGUCAAUCCUAAAAAUGAAAGGGUUAAAAAUUCAAACUAAUUUUGAAAGAAAUGGUUUUAAAUGUCUCUCAGAGAGAGUUCAAUACUAACAGUGUUGUAUUUGUUUCAUUUUUUCUGGUGGAUUUGUCAUUUUUGACAUCUUUCAAUCACUGGGAAAAAAAAUUCAAUUUGAUUUUUGUUUGCUUAUCAUAUGAUGCAUUUAGAAUAAUAUUAUUUCUUCCAUCAGCUGAAGGACAAAGUUGAUUUUAUUUUGAGAUUUGUGACUUUGAAUUUUACUUUACUACAAUUUCAGAGAAAGUGGACCAAUGUAGCACUUAACAGUAUAAUAGAUGGUAAGAUAUCACUGAGACAUCCUCUCACUACUUCACAGUUGUCAUUAGAAGCUGGUAGCCAGAUACUUUUUGAGUUGUGAUCAAAGACAGAAAAAAUAUUUUUAAGCUGAUUCUGACAUUAAUGUCUGGCUAGAAAAAUUUACUCAAAUAAUUAUUUCCUGCAAUGCUUUAAAUCAUAUCUCAGAGAGUUUUGAAUUUGAAAUGUUUCCAGGGGAGUUGUAAUCCCCAGAGCCCCUUGAAGGACUUGUUGCUUUGCAACAUGCCAUGCUUGUUACCUAAGCAUAAUUUCAUUUCAGCUGUGUACUAAGUUCAGAUUAUACAUCUUCUAAUGACAACCCUGCUGCCUCAUCUGUAAUAUAAUUAUUUACUUACAUGUAGAUUUGCAUCCCACUGAAUUUUCUAAAAUGGAGGCACACAGGGAUAUUACAAAGAUUUCGAAUAUUUUCGAAACAGGAUAUUUUUUCGACUGGAGCAGAAGUAAAGAACUUUCAAAUACUUACUCUUAUAUUCAAUCUUUGCCUUAAAUUGAUGUAUGGAGUACUAAAGGAAAAUCAUCAGAUCUGUGAGAAGUGAUCUAGAGAGUGGAAUUUUUACAAACUCAAGCCUCUGAUUUUAAAACCUGUUUCACUACAUUACAUCACUAGGGUUGAAAGAUGAAAAUGUAUUUAUUUUAGUCUGUUAAUAUCUUUUCUAGUCGUUCCAUACAGAUUUGGUGAAGGAUCAUACCUGUCAAAUAUUACUUUUGAAGCAGAUUUUCUUCAGAAGGCCAAGUAAAUAUUCCUGUUAACUAUGAUUAUUACAUCAAGAACAUUAUGUACAUCCAUGUCAAUUAUUCUACUUGUUUUUCAUGCGAAGGAUAUUAAAUAUCUCUUACUUUAACUAAUUGCAAGGUGAGUACUGUUAGUUAAGAACCAAUUUUUUUUGCUCUGAUUUAUGGCCCAAGUGCAAAGCAUGUGGGCUUUAAAUGGGAGUGAAAACAUACAAGGUUCUGUGACAUACUGUAUGGACCGAGAAAACCAGAUUAGUGAGAUAUUUCUUGUAUCUCUGGGUUCAAAUACAGCAGGAAGAUUUCAGUUCAACAAAAUUUUCAAUUUAGUAAGCUGUGCAGUGAAAUAUGACCUGCACCUAGUGGGGUUUGAAGAUAAGUAGAGGGAAUUCUUCUUGAACCCUUCUUAUCCCCUUAGAGUGACUGGUAUCUGAUUUCUCCUUUUUAUAUCACCCCUGAAGCAAACAUUAUGGUCAGGAGAAUAAAGGAAUUGAUCACCUACUGAAGUUCCUCUUGAUUGUUAAACAAAUUCUCCUUGUCAGCACCUUAGGAAAUGUUUAGAGAACAGUAUGGAGAAUAUGCAUACUGAUGUUUGGGUAGAAAAGGUUAAGUUAGAUAACAAAGCAGUAGCAUGGCUUGAAUUGCUUGUGGAACUGCUUGUGUCUCAUGAGCCCAGACACCAUGCUAGAUUGAAUGCACCUGUUAAACUAAACUGUCGUGUUAUACUGUUGUUACAGACUUGUAACAUGUACAUGUUUUGCAGUGUUUUCAUCUUGGUCUUCUUUGUGGCCCAGGAUAGCUGACUUGUGCAAAUAUUAAAAUUUAUCCAGCGAUAAUAUCUUUUGUUCUACAUUAACCUUUUAAAUCCCAGAAAUAACCACCAUGUAUUUUCUCCCUAAAAUAUGUUAUCCAGCAAACAUGUUAUAAUGCGAAUGAUCAAAAUUAUGAGGUGGAAGCUUUUAUUGUAAUAACAGGAUGGAAAAUGUGGUGAAACAAUUGUUUCAUCCGUCAGCAGUACAUUGUGGAUUGUAUUAAUAUUUAUUAAUACAAUCCAUAUGUCAUAAAUGGAAAUGAUUAACAGGCACCCCUGCCAUUUCCAUAUCCCAUAUCAUUUCUAGUAUGGAUUUUUGUUAAAAACUUCUCUCUCCCAUAGAGAAGACAAUGGAAAGGCAAUACAUGGCAAUAUGUGGGUUUCAUAUGGCCAUAUCAAUGCUAUAUAAAACCCAGAUAUGGCCCAUAGAUUAUCCCAUAUCACAUUCAUACAUGGUCCACACCUGUCCCAUAUCACCUGGUUUUUAAGGGAUGAAGCACUUGAAAAGUUUGGAGAGCUCUUAAGAAGCUAUUGAUAGCUGCUCUGUAACCUAGCUUUGGAGUAUUUCAAGUUUUCUGUAAGCUUCCUGACUUGAUGAAGGCUUCCUGACACAAAAACUUGUAAUUGUUAACCCUCAAACUCCCAAGAUCUGAUUGUUAAUUCUCCCCUCUACACAUUUCCUUGUGAAUUAAUGGUGAAAAUUUGGUGCUUUGUGUAGUUCAAGAUAACAAAUUGAAUAUUCUCAUUACCUGUUUACUGGAUGGUGUAUGGAUGUUAUAGGGAGAAGUUACAUCUUAAUCACCUCUGGAGGUUGAAAGGUUCAAUGUUGUUCAUCUUUUCUUACACUAGGGGUAACCAAGAUGCCUAUGAUACGAACAAGAUGGCAGAGGAAUUUACACACUUCUUUCAUGACCGGGCUUUUUCUGUUGGUCAGCAGGUAAAUGGCAUUUAGUCUGAGGCUGUGAUUUAAUAGUUUAAUGAAGCACACAGUAAAUAUUACAAGGAUUUCAAAACAAGCCAGUAACUAACUGCAGAGUUUUGUCCUGAAGCUACUUGAUAACAUCUUGCCAUUUACUCUGCUCAAAAUAAUUACCUUUUGGCCCCUGAAAAACGUUUGACAGUCACCAAAUUUUGCUAAGUCUGAUGCCUACUUUAAAUACUUUGAUACCCCUGAAUUCCUUUUUAUAAUUAUUUACUAGUUAACCAGUCAGUAUGUGAAAAUAAUAUUCUGUGUAUAAACUAAGUAUAAUACCACAGGGGUCAAAAGUGUUAUGGGCGACUGGUCAGAAAGUAGUAAGUAAGUAUUAUUCACCAUCAAGCCACAAAGGGGAUAAAAUUGCAUGUCAAGAGUUAAAUCUCUGACCAUUUGGCUGUUUAUUGACAGAAAUAACCUAAUUUUAUUGGUUUCUGUGUGGUAUAUGCUUAGACGUGUGUUAACCUCUGUCAAUGUUAGUGAUAGUGGUUGUUAUUUACCUUCAAAAACUGAUGUUUGGCAGCUCACAUUACCUCAGCUCUGAUGAAAAAUUAUCAAUUAUUUUAGUUCUGUUCUUGUGUUUCUUUUAUUGUUAAUUUUGAUUGUGACAAUUGUUUACUGAUGACAAUUUUUAUGAUAAAACAGGCUGUAUUUUCUUUUCAAGACAAGAAAUACCUCAUUCUUUUUGUAAAAAGUAUGGAAGGUGAGUGGAAUUAUCUAUGAUUGGUCAUAUUCAUCAGUCUGUAUUUUUCUUUCUAAUUCAUUUUAUCCCUCAGAGGAAUGUUGGUGAUACUGAAGAUCACAUAAUACUCCAGCUUCCACCAGAAUUCAUUGGUUAAAGUGUAAUAGCUCUUUGUCUUACUUACAUGGAGAAUAUUCUCUGUUACUUUACACUUAUCUCCUGCAACAAGAUUUCUUGGUGAAACUUAGUUUUCAUCCUAAGAGAUCUAGGAGAAAUAAAUGGAUGAGAGGAAAUUAAAUUUUCUGAUUCACUUCAGCUUGGAAAGUUUAUUUCUUCUCCUUGUUAUGAGGAGAAGAAAUUUGUGAAUUCCAUGGAGAUACAACGGACCAGUCUUUUAUUCACAGUGAAUCUCUGAUUAUUGAAUUUUUUUCAAUUUGAUCGAACCUUGCUUGAUUUUUUUCUUUUUUUUCAAGUUAUUGAUGUCAGUCUUCUUGGUGGGGCCAAGAAUAAUGCUUCUCAAGGAACAAAUGUAUGUACUUUAUGGUGCUGUCACAUAGAUGUCCCAGACAUUUUUUAUGUGAUAUACUCUUUUUAAAGUAGGACAUGAAUUUGCACAGUUCCAUAAUGGUUGUUGUUAUGUGACCUGCACUUGCCUGUUUGAAAUGUAAUUGAAAAAAAAAUUGACAUUGUAAUUGAAAAACAUGAGGCAUAAAUCUCCAUAUGAGGGCCAUACAGUACUUAACAGCACAAGCAGGACCAGGGGAAAAAAAGGAGGAGUGGCUAUUGACUGACUGUGGCCAGGUCAGCUGGGUUACUAUUUGGUUUCCAGUUAUGAUGCACAGGCUUUGCUCUGCUUGGUCCAUUUAUAAUGACCCGGAGCCAAAUAUUUUCCUUUGUUGCCCUUCCAUGCAGUCAAAAGUAUCUAAUUAUUAUUCAAACAAAUAGCAACCAGGGUGUUUACUGUGCAUAAGAGAUUUGGAAAUUCUCUGGUUAAUACUCAGUACUCUUUGGCUAAAUUUUUGAUGGCCCACAUUAUCUUUUUGUUUCCAUUCAGAUGUGGAUAAUUUUCCAUUGGCACCCAUACUUUAACUAUUUUCCUGCUCCUUCAUUCUUAAACCCUUUCUCUCCCAUGUUCUCAUUAGAAAUUCUUCCUAAUGUCUGUGCUAACAAUUCCUAUGAUUUUGGAUCAGAGAAUUUGGUAUCGGAUCAACUAAUAAUCCUCUGAUCAGUAUUCUUCUUUAUUUUCAUCUCUUGUCAGUCUGCUUUAUAUUGUUAUGACAAUGUAUGAGACAAAUUCUGUCUUGGUCACUAACAGGAAUUAGAGGAUAAUGAAAACAAUGAAUGACCUACAUCAACUUGAGGUGUAUAUGCAGCCUGAUUUGCGACCCGUAUCAGUGUACUAUACAUUUUUUGCUUCUCCAUACCAUAGGUUGAUAUGGGUCUCAUAACAAGUAAUACCCAUGUGCUUUUUGAAAGAGCAGAGGUAAUAUGAAAUAUUUAUGGAUAUCAUUUAUAACAUAACUAGAGCUAAAUUAUGACAUUUGUCAAUUUUACAGCAUUUUCUUUUUCCUUAUUUAACCUAUGAUUUAUAAGUAAUAUUGUGGUUUUUAAUAAAAUCUCUAUUGAAGUCCACAAUGCAAUUCAGCCUUUAAACCAGUUACCUGUAUCAUCUUGUUUCUGACAUCAACUUGCAAGCCAGUCUGUCAAGGUCUGCAUAGGUUCAGUGAGUCAUCAACGUAUGACCUUGAUAUUUACUAGUUAGCUGAGGCAGGGUGAUGUACAUUGUACCACAGAUGAGAGAACUUUUGCAAAUUACAAUGAAAUGGUGCAUGCAGGUUAAGUACAGUUAGUGCAGUUAAACACUGAAAGUUAUAUAAAUAUUGAAGUUUAAACUGAAUUAAAUCUAGUUAGGUUUGCCCUUCUCUUUGUUUAAAGACUAUCAGUGAUGAUAUACCCAGAGAAAAUGGAGGAAAGAAGGGAUUUUGAUCUGUAACAUGAAUUUAAUGUCUUCUCUUUUAGGGUUCCAUGUUGAAUCUGACAGGGACAGCCAAAGGGUAAGAGCAGAUAGCACUGUUGAGUGACACUUCAAAAUACAUUUACAUGACUUACCAUUGAGCAAUAAUAGUAGAGACCAUUACGUUUACCAUAACCUGUCAUCCUCUUUAGAGUGAUGAGUGAUUAUCAUCUAGUUUCUCCCCACAGUAUCAACUCUAAAUCAAGUAUUAUGGUCAUGAGGAGAAAGGAAAUGAUCACCAGCUUAAGAAAUUCUUAAUUGUGAAGCAUACGCUCCUUGUUAUUUCCUUAGGAAACAUGUAGGAAACAGUAUGAAGAAUAUGCUUGCUGAAGUUAGGAUUUAGAGGGUUUAUAUCGGUCCAAAUUGUCCUUAACUAUUUUACCAUAAAAUAGAAAGGAGAAGUGCUGAACCAGUCAACCCUUUAACUCCCAUGAGUGACCAAAACAAAAUUUCUCCUUACAAUAUCAACACAAUAUCAACCAGAUAAGUGAUGAGAAUAUAGAAAAAUAUCAAUUUGGGGAUAAUGAGUUGAUCCAAUAAUAAAUUCUCGGAACUAAUAUUACAAGUGUUGUAUUGUUGACAUUGAGGAGAAUUACAAAUUUGAUCUGGGAGUUAAAGGUUAAACAGAAUUAGAGAUGUGAAGGUUUUUUAGUGAGGAUGACAUUUCUAAGUUUUAAUUUAUACUUUUGGAGUGUGUAGGGAUAAUAUUGUUACUGUUUGAUUUUCAGAAAAGCAGCAACACAGUCCAUUAUCAGUAGAGACUGGGACUUCACAAAGCUGGGAAUUGGAGGCCUUGACAAGGUGUGUUUUCCCACUUUUAAUGUCUAUGGAAAUAAUUUGUUGCAUUCAACUGGUACCAAACAAAAUAUCAAGUUGCAUACGACCAUACUACGAUCUGUUGCAAACACAGUGUGGCUACAGCCCUCUCACUUCAGGGGUGACCUAUAGUUCAUUUCCCCUCACCAUAUCACCACACUGCCAAGCGGAAGGUUGAUGAGAAGACAGAAAAAAAAAACGUCGGUUAGAGAGUAUUGUCGGAUUUGACACCAACUUCUCAGAGCUAGAGUGAUAGAAAAUGUCUGGCAGACAGUAAAGAGAAUUUGUAUUUAGAUCUUUGGAGUCAAGGGGUACAUGCUACUUGUAGUCAACACUUAUUUCCUAUGAAAUGCUUGAUGACAGUUUGUUUUGCUUUCCUUCCACCUGGCAACGCUGUAUACAUGUAUUUUCUGUCAUUUUGUUCUUUUGCAAACAGGAAUUCUCUAACAUCAUAAGAAGAGCUUUUGCCACGAGGCUUUUCCCCCCAGAAGUCGUAGACAAAUUAGGUGAGAAUGCCAAGAGCUGUAGAUGUAAUAAAUGAAAGGAUGAUGAAGUUUCUCCGGAUAAUAUCAGCCCUGAAUCAUUGAUUAAAGUCAUGACUCUUAAACAAAUUCUCCUUCUCGGCACCUAAGGAAAUGUGAAGGGAACAGUCUGGAGAAUAUGCAUACUGAUGUUAGGGUAUAAGGGGUUAAAACCUCGUAAAUCAGUCAAGAGUCCAACACGUACGGUAGGAUCCGCGAGAGGAGUGCAUUUAUUUGGGGGGGAGGGGGGAAGGGUGGGGUAUGGAUUGUAGCACUAUGAAACUGUGUGAAUUGUUAGCGUGAGUGAACAUUCAACGGUCGAACGGAAAAUAGAUACCAGGCUUUGUUGUUCAAUGCGCGGAUAACGCUAUCCAGCGGACAGCGGUAUUCACCCAACGAUCAAUCGGGUCAAGGAAAUAACCAAUAGCGAGAUUCACGUUGCGACCUUUUAUUAUUUUUGUUCAGGACUUCGGCAUGUCAAGGGUAUUCUGCUACAUGGACCGCCAGGUAUUUCUAACAGAUAUUUCAUGUGUAUAUGCUGUCACACUGUGGAAAAUCAAAAACUCGAGCACCUAUAAGCGUGUUUGAUUUUUAGGAGAUUGAUGCUCGUAAUGGCUGCUGCUUGAUUUGAAUCCUUUAUCAUUAAACGACUUUAUAUCGCUAGAAUCCUUAUAGGGUGAAAUUCAAACGUUUCUCAAUGGUUUCGCCAGUGAUUGAUUAUUCUGGGGUUUGACCAGUAAGAAGUUUAAUUUAUAAGUACCGUAGUAACUAACUGCGGAACUUGGUAAAUUCAGGAACUGGAAAAACACUGAUGGCUCGGCAAAUUGGCAAGAUGUUAAACACAAGGGAACCUAAGAUUAUCAGUGGACCAGGUGAAGUAUCUUACUUCUUACCAACUUGUGUUACAACUAUAAGAAGUAUUGAUUCAGUAACUAAAUUGCGUUUUCCCUAGCUCAUGAAACGCCUUGUUCCAUUUUCCAUUUUCCAUUUUUCCAUUUUUCCAUUUUUCCAUUUUUCCAUUUUUCCAUUUUUUCAUUUUUUCAUUUUUCCAUUUUUUCCAUUUUUCCAUUUUUCCAUUUUUCCAUUUUCCCAUUUUCUCAUUUUCAUCUGGUUGGCACUCUUCAUUAUUCAAAUCGAAAUGAGGUCUACCUACAAGCUCUGACUUAACUUGCGAUCUUGUUUCAGAGGUUCUCAAUAAAUACGUUGGAGAAUCGGAAGCCAAUAUCAGGUGAGAAAAGAGUAGAGACCGUGACAUUGUAAUGUGCAUUCUAGGAGUCGUUCUCUGCGACUUGCAAAACAAGAACACUAAGAACACCAAUGUAAAGAGAAUAAAUUAAAGAGGAUCUGGGAUAGUUGAAGAUGGAAAAGAUUAGUAAAGAUUACAAAAUGCCAAUUUGAUAAUGAAUGGACCAAGGUUUUCAAGAUGCGCAGGCAUUAGCGCUCUUACCGACAGAAAAGGACUGUAAGCGGCCAGAACGGCAACGCCAGGAAGAUAUCGACUGAAAAAUGAAGUUAUUCUUUUGUCGGAAUUUCUCGAGUAGCCGUAUGUGUUUACGAAACAUGUGAAAUUUCAAUACUCGCGUCGCAGGUGAACAGUUCGCACAUGUGGUGUAACGAAACUGUAACCCAGUCACCAUGAAAUAACUAAGCUUGUUCAUAUUUUAUUUACAGAAAGCUAUUUGCAGAGGCUGAAGAGGAACAGAAAAAGGUACAGUGCCGUCGCAACUGCUUUUCAAGCUCUUGGCUUUUCUUCUAAAACUUCCAUGACGGUUUUGCGGUAAUUAAGAUUGUGGGUUCCGUUAUGGACUAUUUCGUAAAUGAGUGUUCUCCAGUUUAAUAACGAAGAGCAUUCUAUAGAAAAAUAGGAAUUGGUUGGGGUUCAAUGCACCCAAAGGACUCGGGGACGGGAUUGUUUCUUACAAAAGUUUCAGGCAAUUAUGAGGUUUCUUUUGCCCGAGUUAAAUGGAUUGGGCACAGGAUGAAACAUAAGUCGUCGGCUUGGGUAUAUAAGUAGAGGUUAAGAGCCUUUUCUUCCAAUGAGAAAUUUUAUGUUAGGAAUUGGUAUUUUUUCGCGUACCCAGAAAGCAUAGGGUUCCCGAUAGGAUCAAGAGUAACUGUCAAAGUUCCCAUUAUCCGUGGGCUGCUCCAGCGUAAGAAAAAGUGAAAUCUUAAAAAGCGGUUAACAUCCAUCCCCUAGGGCCGGUGUUUUGAAGGUUUUUUUUUUUUUUUUCCAGGGGGGGGGGUGUUAUCAAAUGGUUUUCAGGGGGAACGUAGGGGAGAUCAGCCGUCACCAACAGAGUAUAAAGGAGAAACUAAAGAAACUUGACUGCCAGUUAACUGCCAAUGAGGGGGAGGGGGGGGGUCAUAAUAUUGUCACGUAGCCUUAUGAGGAAUCAGGUAAGUUUUGUUUUUCUCCCCCUCCCCCUCAGGUAAUAGAUAAUGACGGGUCUCUCUCAACCAACUGUGAGACAGGGGAGCGACAAAGUUACCUAAGGGGACUUCUGUUCCGUAUUUGUGUUAUCCUUGCAGUUUGGUGAUAACAGCGGACUUCAUCUUAUAAUCUUUGACGAGUUUGAUGCAGUUUGCAAGUCAAGAUACAUGUACAAUGUAAGUACUAGUAUCUUUUCAACCAUUUCUAUUUGUUAUCGAUGGCUGCUCCUGUUUCUUAGGACAGAAAAGACCGAGCCUUGUUAAAUAUGUGAGACAUUUUUAACUAGGCUAGAUGCGCUAUUAGUAUAUACCACCGGUGUGAAUAGUGCUUUUUGUGCUUGCUGAUCGGCCAGUUCGGAAGUGAUUAGCAAGUACUAUUCACCUCUGAGCUGUCGAAUAGACAAACCCGUGCAUCAGGAGCUUGAUUUCCGACCAUUUUUCGAUAUAUUGACAUAACUAAAGAUAUUUUUGUUUCUAUAUGGCAUGUGGUAAAAUAAUUAGUCAACUCCAUAUCAGAGGAGGAGGUGGAUAUUUAUCUCCACUUUGGUGAAUAAAUGUUAUAAGUAAUAAUAGGACUCAUCAAGCUAAAACCAGAAUAACCGCAACAGCCAAUCAGAACAAAGGGGAUUAUGACAAGUGCCUAAUGAGAACUCAAAGUGAAAACAAUCAAACCGCCCGAAACGCGGGAAAAUGCCCUUCAACAUAUCGCAAUUUCUCUUGGUUUUGCAUCUGAUUGGUUGAGAGGGUAGAGUGAGUUUUCUUAACCAAUUACAUUUAAAGAAAUUGCCGUGUUACAUUUAAGUAUGCAAUGAAUUAUUGUUCAUUUUUUAAUAUUCUUACUUUAGAGCGGAGGCACUGGAGUGCAGGACUCAGUUGUAAAUCAACUUCUUGCAAAGGUGAGUAGAUUUUGAUGUCUCUCAAUAAAAUUCUUCAGAAACAGAUUUUCUCAAAAGCACACUAAUUCAUGUGCCCCAUAGAUUCUUUACGUCCUGAUAAGAGGUUUUUUAUACUGUGUAUACGAGAUUUUCCCCCCAAAAGAGUGAGUGCGCAAAACAGGCUUAGGCGGGAAUGAUUUGAUAGACUUAGAAUGCUCGAGUAUCUGAGGAAUCUCGACAUGAAUGACUGUGGAUGGAGGCCAUCUACAAUUAACAAUUUUUCUGUUUGUUGCGGUUCUCACAAUAAUAAACAGGAAGCCAAAAAAACAAAAUACAAUUAAGGUUCAGUUAUAUGUAUCAGCUUCGUGAUCGUUAAGUGUACAGGUCGUUGUAUAAAAAUCGAUGCUCUCUCCGUUGUAUUCUUUUCCCUUUGUUAACUAUUAAUUUUGCUUUAGAUUGAUGGUGUGGAACAACUUAAUAACGUUCUUCUCAUUGGUAAGUUUCGUUAAUGUCAUUCAUGGACGCUAUGCAAGUGAUGUUUAUCCUUUAAAGAUUUCUCCCCGUCUCUCCCCUCCCUCAGGUACCUGGACUGUACCUACGUCUCUUUUCACACAGCCAUUUCCAAUCUUGUACAUAGGACAUAAGACAUAAGACUUAAGACAAAAGACGUAACACGUAACAAGUAACACGUAACACGUAACACGUAACACGUAACACGUAACACGUAACACGUAACACGUAACACGUAACACGUGACACAUGAGUCAUAAGUCUUCUACAUGAGACGUUUAUAUUUGAUAAUUUCACUUGCCAAGGCAGUCAUUAUAAACUACAGACACUUAUGUCUGCUUAUCGGGAGGAUAUAUUUGACGUUUUAUUGUUUCGUUGCUCAAGGCAUGACAAACAGAAGAGAUCUCAUCGAUGAUGCCUUACUCAGACCUGGACGACUUGAGGUUCAAGUUGAGAUUGGUAAGUAUGUUACAACGAUCUUCAUUCAAGUGCACUGCAGCUGUAUCCUGUGGAACAAAGGCAUCCUACAGUUGUGAUGGAUCCUCUUUACGUGUCCGUUUGACACUCUACCGCUCAUGCGUGAACCACGACGCAACGUCAAACAUGCCCUCUGCCUUCCACGCUUUGUUCACGAGCAACAAUGAAUUUAGUAAACCGAAAACGGGACAGUAACGGAAAGGACGUUAACAAUAAUAGUCAGAUUUUAGAAAAACUCGGAAUCCAUCUACCCUCCCAUGAAGUAAACUGAAAAAAAAAAUUCAAUCUUAAAUACGACAUUUUCAAGUUCUAAGACGCUAACCUGGUACUUUCGGGAUGAGAUCACGUGAAAAACUUUGUGGAAAAGAAUCAAAUUUGUCUGAGAAUUGACAUCGUUUUCCAAGGCCUUGCACUCAAUCUCAAUUUGAAAAAGAAGCUGUGAGUAUCUCAUAAGUGUUCUUUUACUGAGUGAAAAUGCUUUUAGAGUUGCGCGAUAUAUGUCUACAAUAGUCACCUCAAAACGUUGUUUCAGCAUGAGUUGAUUCUUCUUCAGGCCUACCAGACGAACAAGGACGCGUACAAAUCCUGGAGAUUCACACAGCAAAGAUGCGAGAACACAAGUUACUGGCACCAGAUGUCGACCUGGCUGAUUUGGCCGUCCAAACAAAGAACUUCACUGGGGCAGAGAUUGAGGGACUGGUGCGAGCGGCACAGUCCACUGCCAUGAACCGCUUCAUUCAGGUACUGUAAGCGACUUUUCGUAGAUAGUUUUUGUGCGGUGAGAAUUCAGUAGAGACUUAUGCAACGAACUGGCUUCAGCAAGCAAUGCAUCGUGGACUAGGUUUUAUCAUAAAACUUACUUAUCACAAAAUUCUAUGACUUAAGGUAAGAUUCCACUACUUUCCCAAACAAAGCAUGCCCAAACGAGGGCCAACCGCUGAUACAUACACGACAGCAGUGUCGAUCGGUAAACUUCCAGGGACGUUAUUGGAGAUAAUUAUCCUUUUUCCUUCAUUUCAAAGCUCAAGAAUAAUUUCGAGAUCGAUCCUGAAGCAGCUGAGAAGAUAGUUGUGAAGCAUGAAGACUUUUACCAUGCUCUGGAGAAUGAUAUCAAACCGGUAAAUGAAUAUUUUAGAUGUGUAGUGCAAUUUUUAAUUCAGUGUCAAAAAUAAUCUUAGAUGGCAAUGGGUUUUGCUUUACUUCGUUCUAUGAUUGGUCCAAAAAGUUCGCGCCACUCUCUCAACCAAUCAAAUGGAUAACUAGCACGAAUCAUGCCUUGGUCGCCCGCGUUUUCCCGCGCUUUAGUCAGUUUGGUUGGUUUUUUCGUAGGACACUCAGUCGGACUAGUUAUGUUGUAGUGAUUGUAGUGGUUGGGGAAUAUUGCCCAAGCAAUAAACGGGGUUAUAAUGUCUUUCGUUGCAAUUUUUUUCUCAUGUCGAUAUAUUAUUUUAAAUUAUUUCCCAUUAUUUUGUUUUCUGUUGCACGUGUAGGCAUUUGGACCAUCUGACGACAAUCUUGAUCUGUAUGUCGCCAAUGGUGAGUCUACUUGAAGUUAAAUCUCCAGCGGGGAUUUUGUGCAGCUUAACUCUCUCUUUAAGAGUGACUAGCAACCAAUUUCUCCUUACAAUAUCACCUCUGUAUCAGACAUAAAAGUAACAAGAAUAAAUGAAAUUAUCAGCGACUAAAGAAGCUCUUGAUGUUAAACAAAUUCUCCUCAUCAGCACCUUAGAGAAUGUAUAGACAACUGUUUGGAGAAUAUGAAUACUGAUGUUAGGGUGUAAGGGGUUAAUCGUACUGUCAACCAACGUAGCUUUCGUUUAUUGAUUAAUGCAGUCAGUCAUUCAGUUUCUCAAUCAAUCAAUCAUUAAUUCAUUUAUUCAGCCAGUCAUCCAUUCAGUCACUCCCUUCCUCUCUCACUCGCGCACUCAGCCAGUUUUUCAGUCAAUGAGUCAUAAGUCAGUCAGCAAGUCUUUUAAUUAACCAUCGCUCCGACGAAGGUCUAACGCUUGAAACGUCAGCCUUUAAACUCUUUACGGUGGUCAAUUUACGUUUUCAACUCAGUAAUUAGCACUAAAUUACCUGUUAUACUCUCCCACCGACGCAGCACAACAGUUUCUUAAGAAACUUAUCCCCUUUUUUCAAUUAAUCAGUCAGUCGUUGGGUAAAUCAUUCAGUCAACUAGCCAAUCAGUGAGCCGGUCAAUCUGUCAUUCAGUUACGCGGUCACUGUGUCUGUCAGAUACUGUCGUCCGUCAGUGAGUCAAUCUGUAAUUCAGUCAGUUAACUUAUCCUUCUUAGACUCACUAUGUGCUAAUCUCUGUUGACUUAUUUUGUUAGGAAUUGUCCGGUGGGGUACCCAAAUUCAGCGGAUAAUAGAUGAUGGAGACCUUUUGCUGCAACAAACACGAACUCAGGACAUCACUUCCCCAAUAACAGUCCUGUUAGAAGGUGAGUACCCAAAAUAUGGGGGAAAAAAACAAACAAAAGAGAAAAAGAGUACCUAAGAGUUAUGCGAAACGACUCGUAGGUGAAACGACCGCAUUCAGCAGUUAUGUUUGAAAACUCUCUCUUUGGCAGGUCCUGUUGGAUGUGGCAAGACGGCCCUCGCUGUGCACUUGGCUCUAAAGUCGGACUUCCCUUUCAUCAAGUUGUGCACACCAGAAAACAUGAUCGGAUUUGUGGAAAGCGCAAAAUGCCAAACCAUUAAAAAGGUCAGGAUCUCACUGGUGCUCCUUUGAGGAUUGGUACAGCCAAUUUCGAAGACCAAAAAUGGCCUUGUAGAUUUCUGAUGAAUUCUAUCGAAUUCUUAAUACAAAACAUAAAGAUUUGGGAUUAUGCCAUUAGGAACUGAAUGGCCAAAGAAUAAUAUGAGUUGAACAUCUGAUAAGUAGAUCUUCAUGACUCACUUACACUGACUGUGCAACCGAUAAAAUGCUAUGACGUCUGUGAAACAUAGAUCGGUCUGGUUUUUCUAGUUUCGUUAUCUGAAGUACUGUUGUUACUACAAUAAUGUACAGGGCCAUUUUCUAGUGAUAAUUUCUUCUGUUUUGAAAUACUUUGAUUUUUGACGUUAGAUAUUUGACGAUGCUGACAAAUCGGAGUUGAGCUGUAUCGUCGUGGAUGACAUAGAGCGGUUGUUAGGUGCGUUCUCCAGCUGUUGAAUUUACCCCAUUCAAUUAACUCGACUAACACAGUUCUUUCCCUAACCCUUAACACCCCAGUAUGCAAACUUUCCAUACUAUUCUCUGUACAGAGCUUCUCUAGCCGGUAAUCAUUUCCUUCAUUCUCGUGGCCGUGGUGUUUGUUCCAUGGGUGAUUUUGUACGGAGAAAUUAGAUGCUAGUCACACUUAGGGAACAAAGGGUUUUAAAAUUAUUUUCUUUAUCUUCACUAUCAUUAUCGAUAUUUUUUGGUUGUUUUGUUUUGUUUUGUUUUGUUUUUAUUAAUUUUUGUCACGUAUAUAAAAGGGUACUUGAAAGAAUAAAAUCUAAACGAUGAGAGGAUGGUUUUAUUAUCUUACUCACAUUGUUUUACCUGGUUAAACUCUUUGACUCACGGACCAAAUUUGUAAUUCUCCUUACUAUCAACCAUACAAUUCUUAUGAUGUUUGUUCAGAGAAUUGAGUUUUGGAUCAACUAAUUAUCCCCAAAUUGAUAUUUUUCUUUAUUCUCAUUACUUAUCUGGUUGAUUUUGUAUUAAUAUUGCUAGGAGAAAUUCUUUCUUGGUCACUCAUGGGAGUUAAAGGGUCAAAUGAUGCUGUGUUCCACUGUUUUUUUAACCUAUAUUUAGUAAAAAUAUAUUUUCUGUUUGGAUUGAUGUUCCCUUACGUCGCUUCGUUUGCGUGAAUUCAUUAAUUUUCAGACUAUGUUGCUAUUGGGCCAAGAUUUUCAAACACUGUUCUUCAAGCUCUACUUGUGUUGCUCAAGAAAAAGCUAAGAAAGGUUCGUAAACCUACUAUGCUCACAUCCUUCCAGGUUUUACUUCUCGUUAGGUUGUCGACGAUCACGACGAAAAUGCCGAUGACGACGGAGAUAGCAACGAUGUACUCUACGAUAAUUUUCGUAUAGUUUUCGGAUAAUUUCGUGAUAGCGAGGAUAACAGCGAUGGUGGUGAUACACUUCGCCGUCAGCGGUUAUUAACAACCACGAUAUGAACAUUUGCCGUGAAAAUGAUGACGAGAAAGACGCGGCAAUGAGAAGUUCAUGACAUUUUGAUAAGAAUUUGCCAAAUUUAGACCGCUUUAAAUAAGAGCAGCAGCAAUUACAAAUAACGCCUUUUUUACUUCUUUUUCUGUCAGGGUCGUAAAUUGAUUGUGAUCGGAACAACCAGCUGCCGAGAUGUAUUGGAAACCAUGGGCAUCGUGGAAGCGUUUAAUACUGUAAUCCAUGUGCCCUCAAUCUGGUCCGCAGACCAACUCAAACAAGUGCUACAGGUUUGUUUAAAUUAAUUACAAAAUACAGGGAGUAGGUUCGAAAACAAACUGAUGCUGCCGUCGGUGAGGGGUAUAACAAGAUGAUUUUGUUUUAUCAACUUAGUUGAUGAUGUAAAUUGGCCACCGUAACGAGUUUUUGAAGCUGACAUUUCGAGAUUUAGCACCUCGUCAAAGCAAAAUACGAAGGGCUAAUGCUCGAAACGUCAGCUUUACUGAGAAACUCUCUAACGUGGCAACUCAGUUGAAAUUAUUACUGUUUACGUCAUGGAUGUGAGCCCCGUCAAGUCUUUCUCCUUUAAUUUCUUGUUUUUCCAACCUCUAGGAAUCAAAGUUGUUUGAGGAUGAUGAGAUUAAACAAAUUGAGAAGAACAUCGGCCAGAGAAGGUGUGCUACAGAUAUACAACGGAUUUAGGACAGUUUGUGUUUCCUUACUAAUGAUGAUCACCAAUUUAAGGAGCUCGCGGUGCUUAAACAAAUUCUCCUUGUCAGCACCUUAGGAAAUGUAUUGGAAACAGUAUGGAGAAUAUGCAUACUGAUGUUAGGGUGAAAAGGUUAAGCAUUUGUUAGGGAAAAAAAUCAAAAUAAAGGAUAUAGCACGCGUCACUUCAGCAACCUUCUUUUCCUAUUUCAUAUUUAAUAUUUUAACAGUGCUUCUCGCACUUCUCGAGUGUUCUUAAAAAUUCCCAAGUGCUUAACGAUGCUCGAGGAACAAGUUUUUUUUAUUUCUAUUAUAAAAUGUAUUGUGAAUUUCUCGCGCUCGUAUCGAUGACGUAGGUUGCAUUAUAUCUCAACAGUGCACUCGUGUGACGUAAGGCGCGUGCUUUAUGGAAAUAUAAUGAACUCGUUCUGACCAAUCACGGCGCGCUUAUUUUUUUUUGAACAUUUUAUCGUAACCAAUCAAACUGCGUGUAGCAUGCAGCUUAUUAUAUAAUUAGUAAUUAUUUAUUUAUUGAAUUAUUUAUUUGCUUGUCUACUUUGUUUGGUAUGCUCAGUUUACUUAAAUCUAUUUUCAGACUCUGUAUUGGAAUAAAGAAGUUACUCAUGAUGGCGGAAAUGGCAGUUCAGGUACAGUUGCCCCUUUCGUGUCAUCAUUCAGAUUUGUGGUGUUUGUUUACCCUUCUCGAGUUAAAAAUGCCGUGUUUAAUUGUAGAGAAUGUGAACUAGCUGCUAAAGAAAUUUUCAGUUGUGUCGAAAGUAAUCUGAAGUUACUUUGUUUUUACUCUACUUCGCUAUUUGAUUGGUCCAGAAAACUCGCGCCACCCUAUCAACCAAUGAGAUGCAAAACUAAAUUCAAUCACGACCUGGUGGCCUGCGUUUUCCCGCGCUUUGGCAGUUUGGUCGGUUUUACUUUCAGUUCUCUUUGGCUCUUGCUUUGGCUUUGGUUUUACGACACGUAAUCGAAAAGCGCUCCAACAGCAUAUAGAGUAGUUUCAAAAAUAAGCUUAAGAGAGUUUUAAAAAUGAUUGUUCUGUUAGGAAAUUAUGACUGGAAUAUCGGGAACUGCUUUUUAGAUAGAUUAGACAGAUAUUUUGUUAUUUUGUUUUGAUUGGCCAGGAUGUUGAAGGUAAAUUUGGUAGAGCAUAAAUACUCUUGUACUCUUAUACUGUAACACAGAUACAGAUAGCUUAAAUUUUUUUCUUUGUUUCUUCUUUUAGACUGUCAAGCGGGACCGAGUUGAUAAAUUUGUAUGUCUUCUGGAAGACGAAAACUGGUGA